AUGGCCAAUGCUCAUUCUCCUGGUGGUGGAUAUCGAAAGGGAGAUGGUGCACAAGAAGAAAAUCUUUUUCGGCGAUCGGACUAUUUUCGAAGUCUUGACAUUGGUCUCGAUCAAUGGUUACCGGAGCGUAGUGAACGUUUUCAAUGUUUGUCAUCGGGUAAACUCGAACGGCUCAUCGAUCCAGCCACCAUGUAUUCAAUGCAUGAAUUCGAAGCCCGAGCGAGUUCACCUGCUCGAGUACCACACAAAGGAGAUAAGCGGACACCUUGCAAACGGGGUAACAAAUGUCGAAAAAUGGGUGAUGCUCAACAUUGUGCUCAAUAUUCUCACCAAGCCGAUGAUCAACCUGCCAAAUUUCCAUGCAAAUAUGGUGCUGGAUGCUACAAUUUGAAGUCUGACCAUCGAGCUGAGUACUCGCAUCCUUCGGAUGGAGAACGCAAAAGUUAA